CGGUCUUGGGGUGGUAAAGACGGUUACAACUUACUUGCUUGAGAAAGUUUGUAGUGUCGAUGUCGUUUAGCGCGUGUAAUGGAAUUAGCUAUAGAGUUUUCAAUGCAAAAUUGUGUCUACUGGUAGUGGAAAAAAUUACAGUGCAAGUGGUGUAUAUUGUAUACUGACAAAUAGCGAAUUGGACUUACCUAACUCAUUAAUAAUUACUACCUACUUCAUUUCCGAAACAAAGUUACCUAACUUAAUCAAUUAUUUAAAAUAUCGCAUUUUUAAAGUACAGUCAUAUUAACAUAAUUCAAAUAUAAAUAGGAUUCUCGUUAACAAAAAGAAGUGCUCCUUAUCCCAGUACUGUUCCCCUCAAAGUCCCGAUGGCAAUGGAAACCCGUGAUAUGUCCCGUUCUCUGGACAACGUGCAUUGGUGGGAGCCAGAGCACUGGAAGACGAAAAAGCUUCGGAGCACGUCCUCUUUAUCUUUGGAAGGAGCAGACCCAGCGGACAUUAGGAAUGGCUGGCUGACUUUACCGGAUCCUAAGGCGCGUUUCCAACAAAAGCAGAUGCAGGAGCGAGAGCUGAAGAUAGCGUCACUGUACGAAGCGCAGCAGGCGCGAGCACUAACACGCGUGCGGCACUCGCCCAGCGAUAGUCUCGUGCGGCGAUCACCGAGCGAGAGUCUGUCCAGCCCACCACAGCCACUCCAUCAACUAAUGAUCUUCCAGGUCCGUCAAAUGUUCGAGGAGCGACGAACCAAAGGCAUCGACAAGAGCUACCCCCUCCAACCAAUUCAGAACACCGAGCGCUCGCGCAAACCCCUGCCCAACGGGUUUGCCAAAGUGUCCAGUACCAGGGUUCAGAACGUCCAGAACGGGACGGAGCACAGGCAGAAUGGCACGAGGACAACCAAUCGGGUGACAGAGAAGAAGAAUAUGGCGCAUACGAGCAUCAGCUCGCAGAGUAUGAAGAAACAUCACGUAAAAACUGAAGAGAUUGUAAACAGAUCAGGGGACCUCAACCACAACCACCAGCCAGACCUUAAUGCUGUGAAGGAGGCUCUGAUAAGCAACGGACUGGUACACGAAGUGGAUGAAUUAGACGGGGGCGGCAACAUGUUGGAGGACGAGACGUUCCCCGAGGCGCUGGCGCCGGUCACUCCGCGUGACGAGCCGCCCGCCCGGCCUCCUAGGAGGAGCCCGACGACAAAAACAACCCCGUCCACCACCGCCACCAAACCAAAACCGGCUGCCGCGCCCGCCGCUCCCCCCAGGAGAACCCCCAGUGGAAAUGCAUCGGAGAGCAAGACCCAGGGCUCUAUGGCAAGCAGAGGUCCAAAAACUGUAGGCAGUAGUGCGAUAAGAAGUACACCGGGGAGUUCAUCGCAAGUAAAACGCGUGUCAGCGGCGUCGUCGUCCACGGCGGGCGCAGGCGUGCCGUGCAGCGUGUGCGGGCGGCGCUUCGCCGAGGACCGCCUCGCCAAGCACGAAGGCAUCUGCCGCAAGGCGCAGACCAAGAAGAGGAAACCUUUUGACGCCCUGAAGCAUAGACUCGCGGGCACGGAAGCGGAGCCGUUCAUAAGCAAGCUGCGCAAGGGCAACACUGCGAGCAACGCAGCGCCCGCCAAGGCAAAGCCCUUGAACAGCAGCUGGAGGCAGAAGCAUGAGGAGUUCAUCCAGGCCAUCCGAGCUGCGAAGCAGGUGCAGCAGCAUCUAGCUGCUGGAGGUAAACUAAGCGAUCUCCCGCCACCCCCGCCUUCAGAGAACCCCGACUACGUGCAGUGCCCGCACUGCAACCGGCGCUUCAACCAGGCGGCGGCCGAACGCCACAUCCCCAAGUGCGCCUCCUUCCAGUUCAACAAGCCUAAGCCCGGCCAGGCGAAGCCGAGCAACUCCAGACGGCGGUAACACAGCCGGGGAACUUAGGCUGACUAUGGAACUUAUGGACGGUUAUUUCAAACCGCGUGAUUAUAAACUAUAGUAAACCUUCUAACUUUGGAUAAUCGGGUCCAAAACAGGACCUUAACAAGUUUAGCCGAUAACACGCCUGGAUUACUACUUGACUUUUAAAAUACAAACGUUACUGACGGACACUACUUUAGAGAUUUUUUGUCGCAAAAUUCUAACAAAGAAUUAACAACAAAUAAUUGAUUUGUAUUUUUAGCUUGCCCUAAAGGACAUUCGAUCUCAAGCACAAUGUCACCUAUUCCAGAAAAAUAACAAUGAAUUAACGAAUUGUAUUUUUCUUUUGCAAUAUUUAGCGUAUACUCCAGUAUUGGAUUAAAACCUGUUUUCUUCACUUUUAUUAUUAAUUCUGAAGUUUCAGGACAAAUGUGUUAAGAACACUUUAGGUACCUACGACACAAAGGAGAUACCUUUUUAACAUACAAUAUAACAUGUCUUUAUAAAACCGGGCAUGAAAACUUAAAAUAUUAGAGAUCAAUUUAGAUAUUUAAAAUUCCUAAUUAUUAUUAAAUUUUGCCAUACGAAUAUUGGUACCUAAUAUUUAAGAGGAAUUUUGAAAAUCUCGACGAUUAUUUUUAGCCAUUAGUGAGAUUUUUAUAAUGUUUUUUGGCCUUGAUACAGUCGUGAUGUGAUGUGACCAAAUGUAAUUGUUUCAAAAUGUGUUACAUAUUAUGUUGUGCAGACUGUACAUGAAAAUUAUGCUUUUAUGUUAACAUACUGUUAUAGACCUAUUAAAAUAUACUUUAUUAA